AUGUCAACACAUGAGAACCAACUCCUUGGCUGCGACCACCCAAUGCAAGAGCCAAGUCUUGAGUGCACACUAGAAGCCCCUGUCGACAUGACCUCCGUCCGCGAUGACUUCUGGGCCUUUUUCGGUCAGACGGAGGAGGAGUGGAACGCACUGGACCAGAACCAAAGUACCUGGACUGGACCGAGCACGUUCCCACCAUACGCGGAGUGGAUUGCGCAGGAUGAAGGGAAUACCGGCUUGAGCAUGGUCCCCACUGACGAUGUGCAGAUGACUGACGAUGAUGCUGUAGGUGUCCCCAAGCCAACGCCAUGCGUGCCUAGUGCUGUUGCAGGGGGUGUUGAUGCUGGCUAUAUGAAUCCCAGCGUGACCCUAUCGCCACAGCACACGAUAAGUGGCGGCGCCCUUCCCGGCGAUGUUGCACCGCAGGUUGAGGCUAUUCCCACCAGCAGUCUAGAUGACAACACUCUCAGGCACACUACGGAGGAAGAGGAGCGCGAGGCAAUGAAGACAGUAGUCCAGGCCCAAGCCAACUGCUGCGCCGAAUGCAAAACGCGCAUCCCGGAGCAGCCAUCCGAGCUCAGAGGAAUGAUCACGGACCUUGAGCACAUGUACCAGGAAACCUGGAAAGAGCUCCGAGUCGAACGGCACCGGAGCAGCAGAUACAGGAGGGAGUCGCAUGAGAUGAAGGUGAAGCGUUUGGAGGACCUGAAGCAGCACGAGGUAAGCGAGGCGCUCAAGGAGCUUGAGGGCCGGUACCAGGAGGUUCGAGAUGAACUGAAGAUCGAACGCAACAAGAGCUUUACAUAUAAGAAAAUGGCGUUUACGGAGAAGGCGACGUAUUCAGGGUUGCUGGCUCGUGUGGCGGAGCUCGAGGAAAUGAAUGCGAAGCUGCAGGGCAAGUAUGAGGCGGCGAUGGCUAUAGUAGGGAGGCUCCAGGGAGAGCCCAGGGAAACGGCUCCAUAG